GAAAGGAAUAUGUGGAUUCUUACUGUGAAAUAUCACCAAGUUUACGCGUAAAUCUUAUUCGGAUUUUUACCAAACUUCUGGAGAAGGUCUAGUAGGUGCUUUUCUUUGGAAAGAUAUGCUUAAUUCGGAUCGCCAGUACGGGCCCCCAGAGAAUUGCGGCCGCGACUUUGGGAGGCCGCCCGUCAGGAUGUCCAGUAUGAAUGCGAUCGGAGGUGAUAAGGAAUUAAGCGAUCUCUUGGAUUUUAGUGCUAUUGCUCGCCAGAUAAACAGAGCGAAUGUCAGUUCGAACCAGCAGCAUUGGGGUAACCCACCCCGGCAAAUGUUUUCACCGCCCGUUUCUGGGAACGCUAUGAAAAAUGGACCAACAACAAUGGAAUCCAUGUAUGCCAACUCAUUCAAACAGCAACAAGUAGAAAAUAACUCAUGGAAUUCAAAUAACGACACUAAUUCAAAUUACGAUAAUAGGGUUUAUGACAACCAGAGUUUUAUUAACGAAAAUAUGCAUCCAUUUGUAACAAAUAACGAUAUACCUCCGUCAUUAAUGAAUAAAAAUUCCGAUCCGUUUUCUAGGACGUUUCAAUCAUCCCGAGAUAAUUCACAGGGUAUGAUGAACAAUGUGCCAAUGUCACCGGAAUCGUUAUCUCCGGCGGGAAAACCGGGCUCUCCGUAUUAUCCGUAUAGUGGGAAUCAGAAACGACCUAUAGACGAAACAAUAAGAGGUCGUGGUGCAAAAUUUCCUACAAAUGCUGGUCCAAAAAGAAGAAAAAGUGGCUCGGUUUACUCGCCGAGCCCUGAUGACUUUGGCCAAGACUCGCCCCGCUAUACCUCGCCAAAACCAAAUAUUUAUGGAGACUCAUAUUAUGUCGAAGGUCAGCACAGCGCGGAUCCCUGGGUGUCGAAUAACGGCAUGCCGCCAACAUCCUAUUCAUCAAAUAUGAUCCACAGCGGUGGUGGGCAUACGCCGUCGUCCUACAACAGUAUGCAUCACCACAAUAUGCCGCCGCACGAGAACACUCCAUCCUACCACACCAUGUCCCCAAACCAUGAUCCCGCACACAAUAUGAUGUCACCCUCAGGUCUUCCACCAAUGAGCUCCUUCCAGCGCUCUACGAUGCCCAACACAACUACGUAUUCAACCUCGUCCCCAACAGUCAACGGAUCGGAUAUCAUGGCGUCGCGUAGUAACCAGGGAUCGGCGUCACAGCAAACAGGCGAUGCUUUAGGGAAGGCGCUAGCUUCAAUAUACUCAACAGACCAUACUAGUAGCAGUUAUGGAUCGAACCCGUCAACUCCUGUAUCUUCUCCCCCUCCUAUGUCAGGCCCAACUAGUCAAUGGUCGCGACCAGCCACACAAAGUUCUACCUCGUCCCAGUUUGAGACCCAUCUUCAUUCACUGCAGUCUAGAUUGGAUGAGCUUCACAAUAACCCCAUUCACCUAAUGUGCGAUGACGAGCAAAGUCGGAUGGAGGAGCGUCUGGACGAUGCCAUACACGUGUUACGGAGCCACGCGGAGGGACAGAUGCCUGGAUUACUAGGACAGAUCAUGCCCGGCAUGCAAAUGUUACACGGUCCGCCGGGCUCACAUUCCAACGGUAUGAUGGUAAACAUGGGGCCUGGUUACAGUGGCAUGGGAAUGCCCCCACAAUCCAUGGAGUCACAUAUGCCUGGAUCCCACCCGUCGUUGUCAGACGACCGGGCGCCAUCAAACCAAGGCACCGAUACCGUCGACGGUUUCCCACCAGUACCGGAAAGGCCAGAUGAACAAACAACCGAUGGUGGCAUAAAAAUAGAAAAGUCAUCGCGGACGCGGGAACGCGAUCACGAUGAUGUUAAAAUCAAGCCUGAUUUAAAGUCGGACACGAAGGCAUCAGCGGGCGACUCAUCCGGACCACCUUCUAAACGACCAAGACAAACUCAAAAUGCGCCGGAUGGCAGCCAGGCCGGUGCGGACAUGGCAAGGAUGAUUAGCGACAGGUUGAAGGAUCUGGUCUCAGUGGCAAGCUUCGUAUUCGAUGGUGGUGACGACGACUCUAAUAAAACGGACGAAGAGAUCGACCCAAAUGAAUCUCCGGAAACGAAGCAGGAAAGAGAGAGAUUACGCAGACAAGCGAAUAAUGCCAGGGAAAGAGUGCGCGUCCGAGACAUAAACGGAGCUUUCAAAGAACUCGGCCGCAUGGUCACGUUGCACUUAAACGCCAAUGAAAAGCCUCAAACAAAACUGACGAUUUUACAACAAGCAGUUUCAGUUAUUACGAGCCUUGAACAACAAGUGAGAGAGCGUAAUCUGAACCCGAAGGCAGCGUGUCUAAAACGACGAGAGGAGGAGAAAUCUGAGGAGCUACCGGGGCGCCAACUCCAGCCAGACGAUCUAGGACAACAUCCCAUGGCAGUCGAUCGGCGGCAGAGGAGGGGAACACCAAUUAUGGCAGCACAGCGGGGUGGUGCGCCGUAUAUGCAUGGCGCGCCAUUAGAUAUGAGUGGCGCGCCGAUGGUGCAUCAUAUGGACGGGAUGGCGGAUGGAAUGCAACCGGGGAUGAGUGCAGAGAUGCAUCACCAGAUGAUGUUAUCGCAGGGACUCGGUCAUGAAAUGAUGGGCCAGGACUUGGGACCUCCGCCGCCACAUUCACAGUCAGUGGUGACGUCUAGUGGCAUGAAUUAUACGGAAAUGGACGAGAAUAUCGCACAUUCGCACUCGCAAAAUAUGCAGCGGAUCGGAGAAUCGAUAGCGAGUCAUUCACAGUCGGACCAGUGAUAUUGAGAGAUUAUUGUUACUGCCACCCCUGUUUUCAGAAUGGACUCAACUCUACACCAUUAUGAUCUGAUAUUACAGACUAGUUGAUUGUAAUUCGGAGGGGUUGCAGGUAGUUCUGGGACCUGUUUGGUUGAGAUCACAAAUUCACGGAGACUUUUCCGCGUGAAAUGACACGUGCUCAUUAUGAUGUGUUUGUAUCAUUUUUUCUUACUUUCAAGAGACAUCGUUUGUGAUUGGUUGUUGUUAGGCCAUUUCUCAUUGGUUAUUUGCUCCGUAUAAGUUGACCAAUCACAUGCUUCCAAAGAUAUGUAGAGUACAUUUUUAUAUAAUUUAUAUUCGAAUAUUAUAAUUAUUUCAAUUCUCGUGAACUUGGUACAGUUUUAUGCUAUAUGGUUAAAUUAUGAUCACAUGGGGUCAUAGCUGGUUUUGAUUGAUUGCGCUAGAUCAUGUGAUUUUAUAGCAGGUUUCUGAUUGGUCGGUGAGAUCAUGUGGUUUGCAGACUGGUUUCUAAUUGGUCAGGAUCAAUCUAGAGUUAAAUUAAUCACCAUAUUAGGUUGAUGAUUUGUCAGGAUGCAUCAUCUAAAUGGCAUAUCUAUAAUUGAGCUUCCUGAUUGGCCUAGACUGAUCAUGUGACUCAAAAGCUGUACUAUGAUUGGUCAGAAUAAUCAGUAUUUGAAAUAGUUGGUUAAAAUGUGGUGCAGAGGAAUAGAUCUGAGGGUUUUGCCAGAAAAAGGAAGAAAUAAAUCCAGAUUUUGGAACGAAAGGCUAUGAAGAGGGUGCUGAAAUUUGUUCAAAACUGGUGCAAACUUUUUAUAAUAAGGAGAGUAUUUGCAUAUUUUGUAAUGAAAAUAAAUGAUAUAUUCUGACACCUAAGAAGUGGUGUGAUUGCAUGAGAGAACAAUUUGGAAGAGAAUGAGUUGUUGGGGAAUUUGCGUAAUCCGUAAAAGCAUGCCUAGCUUGAUCUGAAUAUAAACCAUCAUGAUGUGGUCACGAUCGCUAAAUACUUUUAUAAGUCUUUUUCCAAGCCAGCUCUGCAAGUCCUUUUGGAAAGGCGAGCGUUUUGAAAGAAGUACUUGGUAAUUCCUCGCCUGUUGGUCAUGUGACCUGGCAAUAAAAUAAUGUUCACGUCAUGAAUAUCAGAAGCAGAAAACUUCUGCCAAAUGGUAAUUUUCUCAUUUUACAAGUCUAGCCUUUCUUGGCUGUGUACAUUUGCAUAUAUAAAGGUUAUAGGUCAAAGGUCAAAGUUCAUAUAGCGUCGCGUGUUAUCACCUUGGUGAUUUUUCGUAGUGAGUUUUGGGGGCGGUUUCAUAUCAGUGUCCGACACCCCUAAUGAUGCAACAAUGGGCUGGUCCCUGAUAGUUAGCAAAUAAUGUGGGAUCAACCAUUGUUGCGAAUUAGGGGUGCCUGGCUAUCAUAGUGCAUUUCUUAUUGUGUAGAUUAUGAUUUGGACUUAAUCGUCCAAAUUUCAAUGGAUCUGAAUUCUCACUGGAUUUUGGCAAUUCUGUGUUUUUAGCCCCAAAACAAAUCCGAUGGUAAAAUCUAUUGUCAUUCUAUUUUUGAACAUUUUUGUCGUUCAGUUGUCUAAGGUUUGCUUGAUUUGUGCACCAGAAGCAUUGAUAAAUUUGUUACCAUCGGAACAUGAAAAUGGUUGCUAAGGGUUGCCUAGUAACAGCCAUAGCGACCAGGAAUAUUGCUUAGCAACAACAACUGCCUAUAGGACCGCGAUCUAUGAACUGGUUUGAGUUUAGAUUUUGUUUCGGGGUUGAAAAUAUCAGAUUUAUCCAACAUUCUGGCACAUCUUGCGGCCAUGUUUGAGGCCAGUUCAUUCAAAAUGUGCUCAAAAUAACAUAUAUAUUUUCAUCGGUGAAAAGUUGAGUAUUUUUCUUGACUUGUACAAGUCAGGAUUUAAGUGUGAAAAAAGAUAUAAAAUCAGAAAUUUCUUGGUGUUUUAGUUGAGGGGUCAGAUGUUAGGUGGGGUCAGUGCAGCCUGGUUGGGGAAAAGCACAUCAGAUGUUUGAAGAAGAAAAUGCAGGUUAAACCUCUCGUAGCCAAAAGUAACCUUGCAGAGGAAAUUUGUAAUUUCGAUUUUUGGGACAAAUUGGAAGAAAUAAUCAAGAGAAAGGCACCGGCGCCACCUUUAAUUGCUGACUCGGGUCACGGUUCGAUGUCUUCCGUGAUUUUGGCCAAUUCGAUUUCAUUUCACCCGCUAUCAGAUGAAUCAAAGCUAUUUUUAUCUCACAAUAUAAUUCUCAGUUGCAGAAUUCUCACAAGUUUACAUGGUGCAAAUUGAACCUUGCACCCCUUAAAAUCAAUAAUGGUUUGCUCCACAUCAAUAAGUAAAUACUAAUAAAAAAGGCAAGUCAUUUCAGGAAGAAGGGGGUUCAACUUCAGUUUAAAACAGAAUCUUCUCUAUACCCUUAAAUUCUCUAAUGGUACAGCCCAACCUUUGUAUGGAAGGGUCCAUUGUAUAGAAAUAUGGGUGAAAGGUGUACAGAAUCUGACAAGAAAUAUUCUUCCAUAUUUUCCAGUAUUCCGCGUUAUUUUAUCAAAUGUAUGUUUUGUAUUUAUGAGGCCCUGCCAUUUUUAAUUGCGAUGAUGGUUUAUUGUUAAAUUAAGUAGUAAUAAGUAAUUAAUUGAUUGAUUACUCGGCUUUACCAUGGUAGGCAAUGGCAACUGACAUGGUUACUAAUAUUAUGGUAUUAACAUGAUGGUAUGUUCGGUUACUAUGGAAAGCAUUUUUUAGUAAUCAAAAACAGUCUUGGUCUGCCUGGGUUGCUUAGCAACAUGAUUUAGCAAUAGCAACAGUAACUCGAAAUAUAUUAAUUUUUUUUGUUUACAGGUGAGAACUAUGAUUUUAACUUUUCAGCUAUUGCCAAAGGUAAGACAUUGAAAUGUUGCAUUGAAAGUAAUCAUCCUGUUAAAUAAACUCUUUGGUUUAAGGAGAUUCAUACUUAAUACUUAAUUCAAUAUUUAAUUGCUAGAAAAUAUUUUCAUCAUAUUGAUGUGUUAAAUUGGAGAAGUUUCAAGUUCAAACAAAUAAGGCACGAUCAUUUUACAAAUGUAAACUUGGUGCAGAGAUUUUGAGAUAUCUCGUAAAAUGUUGGAUUGAUUGUUUAGAAGUAAAAGUUUGCUACUUUUAAACUUGAAUGAAUAAAGAUUGCAAAAUUUUUAUCGAUGUUUUAAUUAACUGAAUUAUCAUUUUAUUCUUUUAAUCAUCAUUUUGCAUUUCAGCACAGAUAAAUCGAGAAAUAAACUGAUUUUAUUCAAUGUGUAAUUUUGUGUUUUAAAAUUUUGUGCUUGUCGGAUAUUUUUGUUUUUGAAAACGUUUGUCUGUUGCCAUUGCCUUGUUCCAAAAGUCAUUAAUAGGGGGCCACCCUGGUGUGGAAUCUUCACUUUCUACUGUCGUUCAAUAUCCAUACUGGUGUCAAAUUUCACACAAAAACCCAGCGUGGAGAUUUUGAGAUUGGCCCUCCAAUUUUCAGAAAAUUCCCAAAUAUUCAAAAUUUGCGAAAACCAUGGAGAAUUUGCCAAAAAGAUUGCAACUUCAUUAUAUGUGACAGUAGUAAUUGACGACUCCACCACUAGGGUGUGCUACAAACUCUUCACUGUUCUGUAAAUAUUAAUUAACCGAUUAGGUGACAAGUCCACACAGGUAGUACACAUGGUGGCCCACAGGGGGCAUGCGUUGCAUUGUUAUGUUGAUAUUAUAUUAUUUGUAAUAAUGAUUAUUAUUGGUUUGCUGAAACACUGGGAUAGGUUUUUUUUGUUGGCAAAUUUUUCUUUUAAAUUUUGCUCAAAAUAUUUGAUUCUGUGGAGUUUUCACCCUCAAAACAAAAACGGUUCAAUUCUUUGAACAUUUUGUUUUGUCUUCACAAACUUUAUUUUCCCAGUUGUAUAGAUCUGUCUUUGUAGGAAUCUCAUUUAAACCUUCACCCCCUUUUAUCAUGGAAUGAACUCUCCCAUCAAAAAGGAUUUGUAAUGAAUGGUUGGUCUCUUUUUGAUAUUUGAGGGGUGAUAGGUUGUGUAUUAUGAAAUCCCCAUAUUGGGCGAUAGUGUCAGUGCUACAUAUCAUGUUUCCGUAGGUUGGCGCGAUUUUGUAAAUCUUACGAUCUUCAAAUUUGAAAAAACCUGAUUACAGUCGGAGAAGGGACUUGAAAAAUCUUGUGUAAAUCAAUUGUCAAACCAAUUAACUUGAAAAGGAUCAGGAAUAGUCCCAUUCAGACAUUUCUUGAUUUAGCGCCAACCUUGGAAAACAUCAACUUUCACAUGCAUAAUUUGCAUGUAUAAUGACAUAUCUGGAUCUUCCAUAUCAGAGCACCCCUAGUGGCCACCAUGUGAACUAAUGAGAAUCAUAUCGACAUUGAUGGCAGAAGUUGUAUAAAGUUACACAUAUCUUUUACUGCGGUACUAUUAACUUUGCAUCUUUCAGUGGGAGGGGUUGGUUCUCCAUAUUGCUGUGAUUGUCCAACCUGCCGUGUCAAGGUUUGCGUUUGGAUAUUUGGAAGAGGGUGAACAUUGUAUUGGUGGCUUAUAAAUAACAGUGACAUUUUGUUGUUACGGGCGGUCGAGCUAAUGUCUAUGUGAGUGCCAAUCGCAAUGGGUGAUGCACCCAUUGUGAUUGGCCCAAACAACCUAUAGGACCCUCAGCAAUAUGGAGAAUCGACUCUUCACGCUGAUUGGAUGGUGUAAGGUACGGUUAUUUACAAAGUAGCGUAGCGGAAUAAAUUUAAAUAAAAAACGGUUAGUCUGGCUUCUUUGAUCAAAUAGUAGCGUAGGUAUUUUUAGUUAGCGUUCUUUUUUUCUGCAGAAAUCUCUCAAGAACUUGUCUCUACUCGCGGUUCGGGGCGUUGGACAGAGCGACCAUGUUUGUUAGGGACUGAGGCGCCUGCGGUUUGUAGCCAUUUUCACUAGAUUUUAUACACUUGUAUCAUUAACUUUAUGACGUCAUACGGUAUUUGCCGGGAAUCAAGAAAUCAACCCCUUUGAAGUCGGUGGAAUUUCUUUUUAAAUUGAAAAGAAAAUCUCGAAGUUGAUCCAGUCUUGAAAGCUUUGAAGUGAAUCCCAACUAAGUGGUUUUCUAUCAAUUUUGGAAUUUGCAGCCGGUCCUCAAAGGGUUAACAUAUGCGUUUGACAACCUCACACCCCUGCAAAAAUGGUCUGCUUUGUUUCCACCUCUGAGCCAUGGUCCAUGAUACUGCCACUUACCAUAACUUGUACCCCUUGUUUUCUGAAUAGACUGGUCCAUUGUAUUCAUUUGGCAAGUCGAUUCCGAAACUGUAGGGUGGUCAGGUUUAAAACUUGCACUCCUAUUUUCAGACUGGACUUGUCCAGUUGCAGUUAUUGGACAAUUCCAUUCUUUGUAUUCAGGGUGGUCAGGUUGGUCUCCUUCUUCUUGUACAUAGCAGCAUUUAUUUAGAAAAAAUAAAUGUGACAUUUUUACAUCA